ACGAUUUAUCAAGACGCCGGGAUAAGAGUAUCCAGCUGGUGAUGAAACACAGCAACAGAAAUUGUUAUUUUACAUGUCCUUAGAGGAGCCGCUUGACCUUCCACCGACUGCUCCCUCCGCGGGUCUCCACUGCGCAUGUACGUGCGUGCCUCGCUGCGUGACGGGACACGGUCCUUCUGAUUUAUCUGCGCGCGGCACCGAGCUAUUAGUGAGAAGCUGCCUGCAUAUGGAUUAGGCUGUGCGGGCGUUUUCCUUUAGCGGGAGGUGAGGCGGAUUUCAGCACCGGAGCUGUCCCUCUCUGCCGCGCGCCCAGGUGAUGCUGCGCUCGAGCUGCUGACAUCCUCCUCUCCUGCUCCCCCACCCCUCCCACCUCCACCUCUCUCUCUCUCUCUCUCGCUCUCUCUCUCCUCCCUCUGCGUGCAUCCAUCCCCUCCGUCCCUCCUCUCUCCUCUCCUCUCCUCCACACGCACAAAACGCUCUGUCAUGGCGUCUUCCAACCAUGUUACCCCCACCAACUGUAGCUGGUGGCCCAUCUCAGCCAUGGACGAGGACGGCAAAGUGGCGGACGGAGAGGAGUGCGAGGAGCCCACGGCGGAGUCCAGACCCUUCAACAAAGACAGGCUGGUUCUGUACCACUGGACGCAGUCCUUCGCCUCGCAGAAGGUACGUCUAGUGAUCCAUGAGAAGGGUCUGGUGUGUGACGAGAGGGAUGUGAGUUUGCCGCUGCAGGAGCACAAGGAGCCCUGGUUCAUGAGGCUGAACCUGGGAGAGGAGGUCCCCGUCUUCCUCCACGGAGACAACAUCAUCAGUGACUACAACCAGAUUAUAGACUACAUGGAGAAAAACUUUGUGGGAGAGGCAGUGGCUCAGCUGAUUCCUGAUCCGGACUCGCCUCUCCACGACCGUGUGCAACAGUACCGCCAGCUCCUGGACGGCCUGCCCAUGGAUGCUUACACACAUGGCUGCAUCCUCCAUCCGGAGCUCACCACUGACUCUAUGAUCCCAAAGUACGCCACCGCAGAAAUACGUAGACACUUGGCUAAUGCUGCAACUGAGCUGAUGAAACUGGACCAUGAAGAGCCUCAGCUGACAGAACCCUACUUGUCCAAGCAGAAAAAACUAAUGGCAAAAAUCUUAGACCACGACAAUGUGAACUACUUGAAGAAAAUCCUGGGGGAAUUAGCCAUGGUUCUGGAUCAAGUGGAGGCUGAACUUGAGAAAAGAAAACUAGAGUAUCAAGGUAUUUCCAGUCAAAAGUGCGAGUUGUGGCUUUGUGGACCUGAAUUUACACUAGCUGAUAUCUGCCUUGGAGCCUUGUUGCACAGGCUCAAGUUCUUGGGACUUUCUAGGAAAUACUGGGAGGACGGCAGCCGGCCCAACCUGCAGUCCUUUUUCGUGCGUGUGCAAAAACGCUACGCUUUUCGAAAGGUCUUGGGCGACAUCCACACGACUCUCCUGUCAGCAGUCCUACCCAACGCCUUCCGAAUGGUAAAAAAGAAGCCGCCAUCUUUCUUCGGGGCCUCAUUUCUCAUGGGCUCACUGGGUGGGAUGGGCUACUUUGCCUACUGGUAUUUAAAAAAGAAAUAUAUGUAGUGAAUGCCCUCUUGUUGUGUUAAAUGUCUGUGUAUUUGUGUGAUGCUUCAACUUUUCUGUAAUGUUUUACGACUGCAGGAAAAUAUAAUGAAUCUAUAUAGAGAACACUAUUACCUGGGUACACAAAGAAAUAUGAAAACAUUCCAUAGUAUGAAAUUACUGACAGCACAUUUUCUGGUAGUCAAAGCCUUUGUUAACAUUAAUUUCUGAAACUUGCAGCUUUUGUGCAUGCAAGUAAUCAUUUAUUGAUUUAUUUAUUAUGAUUUGGGUUUUUUUUAGUUGUAGUUUUUGGAUUCAUGCGUCAUUUUCACACUGGAAUCAGAAACCCAAAUAUAACAUAAAAUCAACAGAGGUUCCCCAGUCUUCGCAUGCCAUGAUAAUUCAUCACUGAUUUAACUCCUCCAUCUCCCUGAGGAUCUGAUAAAAUCACUGCAUAUGAAAAUGUGAAAUAUGUUCUGAAAACUGCUGCUCUGCCAGAAACUGCCAGAUUAAAAGGUUAAGGACGACAAUGUGUUUUUUCUGUUAAUGUUCUUGUUAAGAGUAUGAUUUUUAAAUACGAAGCAGGAAAGGACUGUAAAGAGAUGAGGUUUGUUUUCGGAAGCUAGCUUUAAGAUCUGUUAAAAUGGG